CUGAAAUAACAAUACAAUAAAAAUCAAUGAACUAGACUAAAAUAGCUUUGCGGUGUAGUUGUUGCAGCAGCUUCUUGGACAAAAAUGUCGCUAUACACCACUCCUUUUCUGGUACUGAAUUUAGGUUCUGAAAUGAUCUUCGUGAUAGCCCAAAGGCUUCAAGCGCAAAACAUUUCAGAGGAACGAUCGACACUAGUUCUAGAAGAUCUAAUAGCUGGUCUGACUUCAAACCGGCUCACCAAAGACCUCCUUCGCCCUCAAGCAGCCUACAGCCAGGAAGCUGUACGCGAAAUAAUCGAAACCAUUGCAAACUCCUCGUCAAUGAAACUGGACCCUGUCAGCAUGAACAAGCUUUGGGAUCUAACUACUAUGGUUUUCAAGUGGCAACUUACAAUGUCCUCAGCUGUAAUCGAAACAACUCAAAGACACCUGUACGAAAUCGAAACUUUCGUUGCAAGCGAAGGGACUCAAUUACAGCUUCAUAGAAUGCAAAACAUUCUAGAAAACUUCAACAAAAUCCUCUCCGCUGAAGAAAAAUCCGCCUUACACGAAGACCUAUUGAAUUGGUGCCAGCCCUUCCACAUCCGAGUGUCUUUGUUGUUGAGAAUGGGCCUGCAAGACAACGAAGGACAAUUUCUAGUCAACAAUUUGGACCCAAUUGCGGAAAAAAUGCUGCAAAACAUCGGCGAAAAUAUUUACCGGGUGACCAAAAACGGACGGAUUUUGGAACGUGGCAUCAAUCCUACUCGGAAAACUUCAUUGGAAGUUGAAAACGUAAACGAGCUUCAGUGUUUUGUAGACGAAAUGCUUGGCGAACGCAAGCUGAGUACUGGCAGUACCGAUAGUACCAACCCAAAUUUGUUACGCUUAUCGUCAUUGACUGAGUCUAAGUUGAAUAAUAACAGCGACAAAUUUGAUAGUAUAGAUGUGAAUGUUAAUGAUAAUGAACAAUUGCAAUCGUUGAUGGUUGAUUUGAAUAUUAAAGAUGAUGCUGAGCAGAACAGUUUCAAAGAUGACUUGUUGAGCAUGAUUGAUGGGGCUCAAGGAGAAGUUGUUUGAGUUUGAAAUGAUAAUUUAUUAUGUAAAAGUGUGCCUAUAUAAUAUGUACUAGUCCUAGAUAAUUAAUAUGUAAGUGAUAAUCAAAAAAUAAAGUGCCUUCAAUUAU